UGAUGGAAGGUGAGCUGUAUUCUGCUCUCAAGGAAGAAGAAGCAUCUGAAUCUGUUUCUAGUACCAAUUUCAGUGGUGAAAUGCACUUCUAUGAGCUUGUAGAAGACACCAAAGAUGGCAUCUGGCUAGUUCAGGUCAAUGAAUGGUCAUUGAAGAUAAGAAAGGAAAUGAGAGUUGUUGACAGGCAAAUAAGAGAUAUCCAAAGAGAGGAAGAAAAAGUGAAACGAUCGGUAAAAGAUGCUGCCAAGAAAGGCCAGAAGGACGUCUGUGUAGUUCUGGCCAAGGAGAUGAUCAGGUCCAGGAAGGCUGUGAGCAAGCUAUAUGCAUCCAAAGCACACAUGAACUCGGUGCUCAUGGGCAUGAAGAACCAACUCGCUGUCCUGCGAGUGGCUGGUUCCCUGCAGAAGAGCACAGAGGUGAUGAAGGCCAUGCAAAGUCUUGUCAAGAUCCCAGAAAUCCAGGCCACCAUGCGAGAGCUGUCCAAAGAGAUGAUGAAGGCUGGGAUCAUAGAGGAGAUGUUAGAGGACACCUUCGAAAGCAUGGAUGACCAGGAAGAAAUGGAGGAAGAAGCCGAAAUGGAAAUCGACAAAAUUCUGUUUGAAAUUACAGCGGGAGCCCUGGGCAAAGCGCCCAGUAAAGUGACCGACGCCCUUCCGGAACCUGAACCGCUGGGAGCCAUGGCAGCCUCAGACGACGAGGAGGAGGAAGAGGCUCUGGAGGCCAUGCAGUCCCGGCUGGCCACGCUGAGAAGCUAGGGGCUGCCCGGCCAGGCCCCCAGGCGCUCCAUGGCCCACCUGCCGCCGCCGUUUUGUCUGUCUCUGCACUACUCCUCUGCGGGGACGCAUCACCCCGGAGAGAAGAUUCUCUGCCAGUCUCUUCUCUGCAGAGGUUUUGUUCUUACUAAGCUGGUGUAACUAAAUGAAUUAUUUUCAGGAGUAUACACAGAUAUUUUAUUGGGGGGGAGGGGAAGGAAAUCCAUCUUCUUUUCAUGAAGCACUUUUGGGAAUAGAGGUGAUUGCCUGAAUGUUGAGGACUUUUUUCUUCUGUAAAACACUAUAUCUAUAUCUAUAUAUAUAUAUAUAUAUAUAUAUAUAUACACAUUUUAAUAAAUUUCUGCUGUACCACUUGGCCCCACUGGAGACUGUCACGUGCAGUGAACUUGCAGGAUGUUGCUGCCUCAGGCAGUUUCAAAUGUUGGCCUUGGAGAGAAGCGCCAUACCACCCAGCCCGGUGUGUGGGACUCGGAAGCCCAGCAUGGCAACUUCCGCUCUGUGGAUGCUGCGCCCUGCCUUCCCAGACACGGCGUGGCGCGGGGGCCAUGCUUGCGUGCCGUCCGUGUAACCAGGAGUCUUGGGCAUCGUGAUCCUCGUCCUGUUGGUGGACGGCUGUGCUACGUCCUGGGGUCUGUGUGUGCCUGUGCUUGCAGCUUUUGUCCCUCCUGCCCACUGCAAGUUGCACCCCAGACAGAUGCUGUGGGACUAGUUCUCUUCUGCCUCUCAGGUUGCCUGUGCUUGCUUGGAGCUAGUUGUCCUGUGCUUGGGACAAGGACCUACCCAGCAGCUCUUUCUCGGAGUCAGGAGCUGGCCGUGAGAGGCAAGGUGUGGCCAUGCAUCAUCACCAAGUCCCACCCGUCUGUAUACAAGUAUGUGUCUGUGCUUGACAGUUUAAAAGGCUCUUUGACGUAGGCGAUCUCAGUCUUCACAAAUGUGGAAAACAGCUCAGCCUGGGAACUGACAAGUGGCUCAGACUCAGCUCCCUUGGAGCCAAGUCCUGGGCGCGCUGAGCCUGACAGGAAAAUAGCCCAACCAUUCUCUCUCGGGCUGGCUGGUGGAGAUGGGACCCUUAUGUCAGGCGUGGCUGCAGUGGGGCCUUCCAGUCUCAAAAUACACGACAGUCUUGAAUCUGGGGGACCUCCCUGCUGCUCUUGAUUUCAUCUUCAGGGCAUAGUUGUUUAAAAUGUUUUAAAAAGAAUGUGUUUUAGAUCAGGUUCACAGCAAUAUUGAGCAAAAGUACAGAAAUUUCUCAUGUACCCCUGUCCCCCUGCACAGGCCUCUACCACUAGCAGCUACCACACCAGAGUGGUACAUUCGUUACAGUCAGUAAACCUACACCAACACGUUGUCUCCCAAAGACCACAGUUUAUAUUAGGUUCACUCUUGGCUGUAUAUGCUCUUUGGGUUUGGACAGAUGUAUCAUGAGAUGUAUCCAUUAGCAUAGUAUUGUGCAGAAUACACUGUCCUAAAGAGUCUGUACUCUACCUAGCCACCCUGUCCCCCCAGCAGCUAACGUCUGGCAACUGGUUAUCAGUCUUUUUACCGUCUCCAUAGUUUUGCCUUUUCUAGAAUGUCACAAAGUUGGACUCAUACAGGAUGUAGCCUUUCUGUCGGGUUUCUUUCACUUCGAAAUAUGCAAUUAAUGUUCCUCCAUAUCAUUUCAUGGCUUUGAUAGCUCACUUAUUUUUAGUGCCAAGUAAUACUCCAUUGUCUGGAUGUACAGAUUAUCCAGUCACCUACUGAAAGACUUGUGUGCUUCCAGGUUUUGGCAAUUAUGAAUAACGCGGCUAUAAACAUCUGUGUGCAGGUUUCUGUGUGGGUGGAAAGUUUUUAGUUCAUUUGAAAACAUGCCAAGGAGCACUACUGCUGGAACAUGUGGUAAGCCAAUGUCUAGUUUUAUAAGAAACUGCCGAAGUGACCGUACCUUGUGCAUGUCCAGCAGCAAUGAAUGAGAGUUCCUGUUUGCUCCACACCCCUGCCAGCAUCUGGUCAAGUUCUGGGUUCUGGAUAUUAUAAUAGGUAUGUGGUGGUACCUUGUGGUUUUAAAUUUGCAAUCCCCUGAUCUACCUAUGGCGUGGAACAUCUUUUAAUAUACUUGCUUGCCAUCUGUUCGUCAUCAUCUUGGUGAGUUUUGUCUGUUUGCAUCUUUUGCCCAUUUUUUUGGGCAGGGGGUCUGUUAUCAAAUUUUAAGUGUUAUGUAUUUUGGGUAACAGUCCUUUAUCAGAUGGGCCUUUUUGCAAAUAUUUUAUCCCAUCUGUGGUUUGUCUUCUCAUUCACAUGACAGUGUCUUUCUCAGAGCUGUUAUUAAUUUUAUUGAGAGCCAGCUUAUCUAUAAUUUCUUUCAUGGAUUGUGCCUUUCAUGCUGUAUUUUAAAAACUCAUUGCCAAACCAGAGGUCAUGUAGAUUUUCUCCCAUGUCAUUCUCUAGGAGUCACAAUUCUGCAUUUUACAAUUAGGCCUGCGACCUACUUGACAUUUUUAUGGAAGGCCAGUGUUUAGAUUCAUCUUUUUCCAUGUGAGUGUCCAGCACCAUUUGAUGAAAGACUAUCUUUUUUCUAUGAUAUUGCAUUCUUCCCUUGUCAAAAGAUCAGUUGACUAUAUUUGUGUGGACCUAUUUCUGGGCUUCUGUUCCUUUCCGGUGAUUGCUUUGUGUAAUACUACACUGUCUGGAUUACUGUAGCUUUUCAGUUAAGUCUUAGAGUUGGGUGGUAUCAGUCCUCUGACUUUUCCUCUUUCGGUAUUGUGCCGGCUGUUCUAGGUCUUUUGCUUUUGUGUGAACUUUAGAAUUGGCCUGUCAAGGUCCACAAAAAUAACUUGGGGUUUUUAUUGGGAUUGCAUUGAAUUCAUGGUCUCAUUGGGAAGAACUGACAUCUCAAUGAUAGAAUACUGUUUUAUGGUUGCAUUAAUUCAGCUAGUUUCUUCACAGAAUGUUAGAAUUACAAAAUGCUUAUGAUCCCUGAGCAUUUUUUCUUAUGUGGACAGUUAAACUUUAUCUGGGUGGAUGGAUGGAUAGCCAGAGUGAAUAAUGACAGCCUCUCUCUGAGCCAUUCAAAUAAAAUGAUCCAAACACAG